AUGCCGGCCCAGAAGAACCGCAUGCACGAGCAGGCCCCGCCUGCCCCCAAGGCCGGCGCAGCGGCAGUUGGCCGCCCGGGCGGGCAGAGCGCGAGCCUGUACACCGUGCAGGCCCACGUCGAGCUCUUCGACACGAGCACCAUCGAAGACGCAGGCCUCCAGGUGACGUUCUACGAUAGCAAUUUUUUAAAAGAUGGCGCGCCCGCCGUCCGCCAUGGGCCGUCCACUUUGACCAGCCGGACGGCGGCCAGUUUGAAGCUCCCCCGCGUGCCCGCGGGCGUCGAGCGCGGGGAGUUCCAGAUGCGCCUGCCGCUCGCCCAGAGUAACCCCACGAAUGGGAAGUCCUGGGCUUUCGUGGCGGCGGCGGUCGGGAGCGCCGGUCGCGCCGCCAAGGCGGCCAUCGCCCGCGCGACUGCGGUUGCUGACGCGCUCUUCGACCAGGCCUUCUUCAACGCGAACUUCGACGCCCCCGAACAGGACGACCGCGCUGGGUGGUCUGCGCGGGCGCAGCUGCUGGAGGGCCGCAAGAACACGGGCGACGCGUGCACGAUCCAGGAGCUGAUCAACUUCAACGCGCGCGUGGCCACGAACGCCCCUCCGGCGGCGCAGAAGGCCUUCGCCAAGAUCCAUAGUCAAUGCCCCUCGGUCGUCACCUUGGUCUCUUGCAAGCCCAGCUCCGGCCUGUCGGCGGCGCCUCCGCCAGGGCCCACCUCGAGCACCCCGGCCGCGACGUCCGUUGAGGGCGCCACGACGCGCAAGCGCCCGUCUGCCUCCAGCGGAGGCCGCCCGCUGAAGCGCCCG